GCAGGGAGGCACUUGGCAUUUGGACUGACUGAACCACAGUGAGUGAAGACAGGGGGUGAACAACCCCCCCUAAGGCCAGUAUCAUUGAGGGGCAGAGCUAUCCAUAGGGUGCAGAGUUGGGGGUAGGGCUGGCUGGGCGGAGGGAAGGAGAGGUGGAGUGAAGGGUGUAGGGAGGAAGUGUUAGGAACAGGAGGAGCCCUGUCUGUGUCCGGAGGGAAAGGGAAAACAGCGCUGCCCGGCCUGGCCCGGCCACAGACACAGCUGGUUCCUGCCAGAGGAAGCCCCAACGGAGGCCGAGGCCUGGUGUCUACCGCUAUCACAACCCAGCAGCACUGUUUACCUUCCCCUGGGGAACCACCCCUUUCACACGGUGGGGACAGGACUCACACACAGACAUAUACACACACCGUGUUACAUAUACACACACCGUGUCGCGGCUCACACGGGCGCCACUGCUCUGCUUUCCCUGUGUGGACUAGAGGAGGGUUCAGGCCAGUGCACUGCCCCACAGCCGGAACAACGAGGAAACGAGGAGCCACGAGGCUAGCUGACCUCCCCCUGCCACUCACACACACACACACACUGUUACCUCACACACUCCUGUUGAGGGAGUCGGAGAAAGAGAAGGAGAGAGAGAGACUACUGGGUGGAGAGAAAGAGCAUCGGACACAGAUAAUUACACAAGUCUGAUGGCGCCGCGAUCCAUCUGAAGUGACGUGUCGUGGACGGGACAAAAGUAUGAAGUAAAGGAAGAGUCAUUUGAAGACUGUGUUAGCUGCAUAAAGUUAAAAGGAAGUUCAGUUUUUUUUUCUCUGUCUGGCAGCCAUGUGAUCUGGCUGUGCUGGGCUCAUGUUCUAAUCAUAAACCCAACGGUCUACACACUGACCACAGAGAGAAAGAAAGAUAGACCUAUCAACUUGUGCGGUUUAGUGUGUCCCCUGACCAGUCAAGAGUUCUAAAACGCACAGAGGACAGGACAACGUUGUGGAUUACUGCUGGGGGGGGGGUGCAGAGCAUGGCUGCCGAGGUCCACCUGGAACGGCAGAGGAGGUCUGCCGCUCCUCCCAGGGUUCCCACGGUGAUGCUGACCAGUCACAGGGGGACGCUGUGCAGACGGAACCCUCACAGGCUGGAAUCUGGCAACCCCAACCUGGCAACCAGGAGCCACCGCACAGCCAACCAAGGUAGCACAGAACAGAAGGUUGGAACAAUGCCCGAUUCACCUGCUGAUGUCAAAACCCAGCCCAGGUUGACUCCGCCCACAAUGCCACCUCCACCCCCGGCCGUCAGCCAGGCACCCAAUCGCAACGCUUCAUUCACACCCACCACCAUGCUGAACGGGAGCAGUCACUCAAGUCACUCGCCCACGUCGCUCAACGGGGCGCCCUCUACACCCAACGGCUUCAGCAACGGCCCUGCCAUGUCGUCCACCGCCUCCCUGUCCAAUCAGCAGCUGCCGCCGGCCUGCGGAGCCCGCCAGCUCUGCAAGCUCAAGCGCUUCCUCACCACGCUGCAGCAGUUCGGCAACGACAUCUCGCCCGAGAUCGGAGAGCGGGUCCGCAGUCUGGUGCUGGGCCUGGUGAAUUCCACCCUGACCAUAGAAGAGUUCCACUCUAAACUCCAGGAGGCUACCAACUUCCCGCUGCGUCCCUUUGUCAUUCCGUUCCUCAAGGCCAACCUGCCCCUGCUUCAGAGGGAGCUCCUCCACUGUGCACGGAUGGCCAAGCAGACUCCCGCCCAGUAUCUGGCCCAGCAUGAGCAGCUGCUGCUGGACGCCAACGCCAGCUCGCCCCUGGACUCCUCUGAGAUCAUGAUGGAGAUCAACGAGCAUGGCAAGAGGAGGACCCCCGACAGGACCAAAGACUCGGAGAGAGACGGGCACCACCCGGAGCACCUGGCCAAGCGACCCUGCACCAUCAGCCCCAGCCAGCGCUUCAGCCCCAGCACUGGCCUGCCAGCCCACCCGCCCCCCAACGGCCUGCCCACGCACCCCCCCAACGGCCUGUCUCACCCCAACCCCCCUGCCCCCCAACACUACCGUCUGGAGGACAUGGCUCUGGCCCACCACUACCGCGAUGCCUACCGCCACACAGCAGAGCACCGCGAGGCUCGGGACAGGCACCGGCAGACAGCCGUGCAUGGAGCACGCCAGGAGGAAGUGAUCGAUCACCGCCUGACAGAUCGGGAGUGGGCCGAGGAGUGGAAGCACCUCGAUAAUGUACGUGUUGCUGGGCUGCUCAACUGCAUCAUGGACAUGGUGGAGAAGACACGGCGGUCUCUCACGGUGCUGCGGCGUUGCCAGGAAGCCGACCGCGAGGAGAUGAACCACUGGAUCCGGCGCUACAGCGACGUGGAAGAUAUGAAAAAAGGUGGGAGCAACGGACAGCCACGCCCUCCUCCUCCUCCUCUACCUCUACCUCCUCACAACUCCUCCUCCAACACUCCUAACAACGUCGAGACACAGCAGCCCAUAGAGAUUCAUAGGGACUUCCUGCACAGACCUGCGUCUGGCUACCUACCUGAGGAGAUCUGGAGGAAAGCUGGUGCUACAAGUAUCCCACUCUCCCCAGCACUGAAACAACUCCAAAACAAGCAGGAGGAGGCAGUGAACGAGGUGAAGAGGCAGGCCAUGUCGGAGCUACAGAAGGCUGUGUCGGACGCUGAGAGGAAGGCCCAUGAGAUGAUCUCCGCUGAGAGGUCCAAGAUGGAGAGGGCGCUGGCCGAGGCCAGGAAACAGGCCUCUGAGGAUGCACUGACCGUCAUCAACCAGCAGGAGGACUCCAGCGAAUCUCUCCAGAGCUGCUGGAACUGUGGACGCAAGGCCAGUGAGACGUGCAGCGGCUGCAACACGGCACGCUACUGCGGCUCCUUCUGCCAGCACAAAGACUGGGAGAAGCACCACCACGUCUGUGGCCAGGGUCUACAGGGCCUCCCCGGGGGCAGCAGUGUUCCUCUGGGCACCCCCUCCUCCAGCGCACCCCCUACACACUCAGAGAGCACCCCCCCUGGUCCACUCUCCCUGCCCGGCCAGACCAGCGGUGGUGGGGGAGGCAGUCUCUCCGGGAGUCCUAAGGAGGCUAGCUCCAGCAGUGCCUCACGCUCCACCACCCCAGCGACCCCUGCACUGCUGGACGCCACCUCUCGCUGACCCCGCCCUGCCACGCCCUGCCACGCCCAGUCACUCCCACUGAUGCUACAGUACAGCUGCCAUCCAUCCUAAAUGAACAGAGGAAUCUCCAUCGAUCGCACUGCACCCUUUCCUUCUUUUGUACGGCAUCUGUAGUGGUCCUACCGUGAAUACUGCACCGUUGACUACUUCUUAGCUACCCGAAGGCCUCGUUUUCUCAACUCCUCAACCUCCCCCCAAAAAUCGUUCUGACUGUCUCUCAGCCGCACAGACUUUCUCUCUGUCAAACUCGAAACUAGUCAAGGGGUCCACUGUUGUGUUUAGCAUGGCUAGGGCUUAAUUUACUGAAUGCUCAAAAUAAACCAAUGCGGAAGCAGAACUUCCCAUCUAUUACAACAACAACAAAAAACACACCAGACUUGGUUAUUGAACUCUGAUAAUGUCGUGUGAAGAUAAGCAUUGUUAUAUGCCAGACCAACACGUGGCCUCAGUAACAUAAGCCCAGUCAAUGCUGUGUAUGUCGGGGGCUUGCAUUGCAUGAGACCCGUUAUGGUACCACACUUAUUGUGAAGAAGAGAUAUCUGAAUUUAGCACUUGGAGAGGAUUUCCCUUUAACGCAGCAGGAGUGGGAUGACUCUUAACCCCCAGCAUGUGCACUAACAGCCCAGACCUCUGAGAGAUGGAUAGAUAGAUGCGUCUAUAGAACAGGCUCCUCUGUGUCCUGGGCCAUGGACAUGUCCUGAUUGAGGUCCCCUAUCUAAGAAGCCAGACACCAGUCCGGAAACCCCUGUUCUGAUGUAGGAGAGGGGAUAAGAUACACUCAUGGUGCAAUUUUUUUUUCCCCCUCAGAAACUCUUCCAUAAUACGGCUAAUUAUUUAUCUAAUGAUUCAUUUUUGGGCUUUAAGGAAGACAAAGAAAAGUCCAAAUAUUCUAAACAAAUAAUAAUAAGAAAAAUAAUUUUAAAAAAAAGUGAACUACCUUGCUAGCGAGCCAAGAAAAUGACACCGGACUCACCUCUCUGUACCGAUGUGAACCCAAAUGAAUUCAAAGAAGGAAAAAACAUGAUCCAAACCUUUUUAUUACACUGCCAAAGUUACUAAGAGACAAGGAGAAGCACUCAUCUUGUAACCAAACGCAAGCAACUUCACCUCCUCAGCAGCAAAGCUCUGGGAGAUAAAGCCUGUAGAGCAACAACAGGAGUCACACUAAAACUCUAUAUUGAGUGUACUGUAGCUGGCCUCUGUCAGCCUGAAAAUACCCACAGUGAUCCACAGAGAGAGAAAUCCAGAGCAAACAUUUGAAACGCCUGCCACAAUAGACAAUUGAAAUGGAAGGACGAACCACUGAAUGUGACAGUGAUUUAUGUAAAUGGCAACGGAAUGGACAAAGAAGCAGCUACUUGGCCUCAAAAAGAAGAUGAAAGGCAUUGGAACUGCCAAAAAUAACCUCAAAAAAACUGAGAACCUGUCCAAGCAAGCAUUGUACAGUACGGACAAGACUUUUGUUCCUAAUUAUGUUUUUUUUUCAACUCUAUCAAGAGGAUACAUUUCAGUGAGUCGUACCUUUUCACCCUCUUUUUCCAAAGCAUGACAAACAGACUAACGAGCCUCAUAAGCGGUGUAGACUCAGUUCUCUUCUCUCUCUCUUUCUACCUCCCCCCCACUUUCCUGUAUGUUCCUCCCUAAAACUCUCUCGUUCCUCUGUCAACCCUACCCCCUUUGGACAUAACCUCUGAGCAGAUAUCUGGGAAGGGAUCAAACCUGCUUGUAGAUAUUCCUUUCUUUGUUUCUCGAUAAAAAAAAUGUGUCUCUGUCUCUGGUGUCCACCUGUGCUGCCCUUGUGCGUUUUCAGAAAGAGGGACUUUUCUUCUUUUUAAGUUUGGACAAAACAUUGAAGCAGGAGCAAAGACUCUAGGAGAGAAACCCCAUGUUGUACUUAUCGUUCAAUUUGUUGUAUCUUUAUCAAUGAAAAGAAAAUCCUCUUGUAGAAUAUUUUAUAUUGCUCGCAUUGUAAGACAGUGAGAGGACAGAGGUGCAAUAUGAAGAGAAUUCAGCUACUGGGUGGAACCUCAGCAACUACCCAUAGGGGGUCAUAUAAUAUAGAUACAUAUAAAUAUAUUUAAAAUAACAUCAGUAACUUAAUGUGAAUGUACAUAGUAUUUAAAGAGGUCCAAAAAUGUGUUUGCCAAAUAACAGAAACCUUGAAAGUAAUGUACAAUGUCCAGAAUAUGAUUUCUUUCCAGUUCAUUUUUUUAAUCAAAGGAAUUUUCAUUUCUCAUAAAUCCUUAUUUUCUACCAGAUUAGCAAAAUCUGUUGAGUGUGUAAUCUCAAAAAGAUGUUGUGAGGAGGGAUGUUGGCAGCGAUAGUGGUUUUCUUCUGGAGUCACAGUUCUUAUAGCUCCCCCUAUGAUUGAUGGCGGCGUACUCCACUGACUCCCUUCAAGAGGAGCCAGCUAUAGCUCUCAUGACAGGCCCAAGAUGAUGGUUUUAAAGAGGAGAAAGAGAGGCUUAUCACACAUUGAUUCUAAAAGCGUCCUAGCAUGAGGCUAAAUUACUCCCCUACUCUGGAUAUUGGAUUCAGAACGCAAGAACUUGUGCCCAAAAAGUUAUCUGUAUCUGUGUGAAACAUUGCCAUCCAUUGGGCUGAAGUGCCACUGCAGUGGGCCACACUGAAAACCCUGUGGGCUGCCCUCAAAAAAAAAAGCCAACACACUGGUCUGGAAGUCUGAAGCUUAACCUAACCAUGAUACUGCCCAAUCCUUUCCACUGGUUAUUUUUUCUUACUCUGUCCAUAGAUUAGUUUGUGAAGAUGCAGUCUCAGUCAUUUUGUCCUCGUGUAGCUUUAGGAUCCUAGCAAGGCAAAAAGGACUCAGAACCUGGGAGAGUUGGAACAGAUGUCUUCACAAUCACAGGCUAACAAGGAGGAAUGCCAUCUCAUACAGUAAUGUCAUCACAAGCUAUAAGUUAAAACAUCGUUAAGUUAGAAUUACAGGCUCAAAUGGCUUUCAAACAUAGCAUUAAAUAGGGACUGUACCUGCCAUGUUAAAAUGAAUGAUGUAAUAAUCCCGAACCAAUUGGCCACAUAACUCUAAAAUGGACCAAGCUUUUGUGUUGUUUUAUGUUCUACUGUUACAGGUAUGGUCUGCCAGACUCUUUCACAUUUAAAACCCAGAGUGACAUAUUGACGCAGAAACGAUUAGACGUCAAUUAGCAUUGACAGUGUUGUUUAAUUUAUCACAUAUGUACAUGAUCUAUUUUCCUAUAUGUCCGUAUCAAAAAGUAAUAUAUAAAUCGGUCAAGUGUGAUAAGCUGCGAGGUACCCUGCAUCUGCGUGUAUAUGUGUGUCGUGUGUUAUUACCGGUGUAUUGAAACGACUUCAGCCUGUUUGUGUUUCUAAACCUCUUCAGCCCUCUGCUCUUUAACCCCCACCUGAACAUCCCUCCUGUCUCCUGACCCACCACAAGCUACCUCCUGUGACCUUGCAGCACAUGACUGGGAGAGGUCACUGAGCUUUGGGAGCAGGGCUGCGAGCAGACAUGCAAACUCACACAAACAUCAGAGCAAAUAGGAAACAAACCCGAAAGGUCUAAUACUGAUUACUUUGCAAUGUGUAUAUUUUCGCACCUCAACCUCUUGUCAGUCAGAAAUAGUGAUCAAAUGAGGAACACUCAGAUGAUUUUGAUUCUAGGACUCUCUACGUACACAACACUGUCCAGGGUUUGAUAUACAGUAAUUCCUUCCAUCCCCAAGCUGAACGUUAAACCAUUACAUUUGUAGUCCACAACAAAUAAAAGCACAGACCAAAGUAUUUCUGCACCGCGGUGGAUUUUGAAAUUGUGUCGAGAAAGACCAGAAAUAAGGAGGCUUGAGGCCAACUAUACCUGUUAACCAAAGUGUCUGAAAUAAACACAUGCUCAAAGCACAAGACAAAAACAAACAACCAAUGCAUCUGUGAAGGUGGAGAUUUGUAGAUUAUUUAUUCAAGCAAUCAAAGCGCUUGUUUCUACAUAUCUAAUGCCUCAGAUAAGACUACAGAAACAUCUCCGGAAUGCGUAAUGAUUGCUUUGAGUUUUCUUCCUAAGCCUUGCUUACAGAUGGAAUAAACGCAUGGUGUGUGUGUGUGUGUGUGUGUGUGUGUGUGUGUGUGUGUGUGUGUGUGUGUGUGUGUGUGUGUGUGUGUGUGUGUGUGUGUGUGUGUGUGUGUACUUGUUUUUCUCUUUUCACAGUUUCUCUGUACAAACUACUUGAACCUUCAGAGCUUUAAUGAAACAUCUCAGUCAGAAUAAUGGCAGAGAAUUCUAAAGAUGUAGCAGUGCACUGAGAGGGAAAUACAGAGUGAACUCACCCACCAUAUUAUCCACAACAUUACCAUAGGUUUUGACGACAUUUCAAUACACAUUAUCCUUUAAUGCUCUCUGUGUGCUUUGCUUGUCUGCGAAUCAACCCUGAAACACAAUAACUCUUUCAUUUGUCACAACUUGUGGCAAAUACUAUUUUUAUUGACCAAAAAAAAAAAAUGUUAGUUUGUAAUAUCUAUCACACCAUCUCUCUCUUUCUCUGCUGUCACUUCUUUAGCCCAGCAUUGGGGCACAUGUUCUUUGGGCAGGUCUAUACAGGGAUUGAUGCUGUUGGACAUUUGGCCAUGUAAGCUGUCACUGAAAGGACAGCUCAAGUAGAGUUAGCAUGCUGAGUUCCUGUUCUGUGUGACCCACUGGAGAGAAAGACAACUAAUUCUCUUUUUUUAUGGCCAGACAAGGUCAACAAGGUUCCUAAAGUGGUAUGGGCUCUGAGGAAAGGAUUCACGUUCUGGACAUGGAAUAAUGGAAGACCAACUGUGUGUGGAGUGUUCUAUUUCAUUCAUGCCCUGUGAUGACUCAUGUCAUAAUGGGGUAUUAGGAGGACUGUUCCUGCCUCUGAUGUAAAAUCUACAUAGCCUGGAGGUCUUUGCCUCUUAUAUAUAGAUAAAGACUGUCAUUCAUUCACACAUACAGACCACUUUCUUAUCACUUUAGGUUUUUAUUACAGCAUACAUGAAGAGGGCAAAUUCUGUGUUUUCGAUGGCAAAUACUAGCAUGUUGGCAUCAGCCUCUCCCUAACCAUUUACCACCUUUCUGUCAAUGGAGUUUCCUGGCUCAUCUGAUUUUAGCGAUUGAUUGCCCUGUAAAGCCCGCACUGAUACAAAGCUGAGAUGGCAAAAGUGGAUACAGCUCUUGGUCUCCCCAAGCUAUGGUAGGGAUGAAAGUGUUGUUUUUUGUUGUUGUUACAUUAUUACUUCAAGACAAACAAAGACUUGGUUUUAUAUGUGUAGGGAAGCAUUAUAUACUGUAUUGUGCAAUACAUUAUUACAGAAAAAAAAUGUUUCUGUAGGAAAGGUUGGCGCUUUGAAGAAAAAUGUAUUUUCCUCUUUAAGGGUCCUAUUACCAUUCUUUAGAUGAAGUGAACUGUGCCAGAAGAAUUUAAUUCUGAUUUUAUUUAUUUAUUGCAUGCUUUCCUUCCCUUUUUGCUAUUCCCCUUCUUUAAUUGUGCGCUAUGUUGGAUGUGUGAAGCUGUAAACAUUCUAAUUCAGGUUAUUGUCUGUGUUGAGCUAUGUAACUGCGUAAUUAAAAAUGAAAUGAAAUAUCAAA